AUGGGUAGUAACAUUCCUGCUCCAAUUUCGGCAGCCACAGCAACUACCUCAGAUCGUCUCGACACAUUCAAGACUGAAUAUCACCCUCACAGUGGUCGCGCUCCGAUCAUCGAGAGCUUUUCCGUUUAUGGGACCAAUAAGCCAGAGACGACACAAUCACCCAUCAUCGAUGACGAGCCAUGGCAACCUUUCAGCUGUCGUGCAGACUUUGAGUUUGCUGAACUCGCCCACCGAGCUGCCUUGAGCAAAGACCAAACUAAUGAACUACUCAAGUUCAUCUGGAGAGUUGCGGAUGGUCGCACGAAGUUUACUUUCAAAACUCACAACGACGUGUCAGCUGCAUGGACGAGGGCAUCCAGCCAACUGACUCCUUUUGAAAGACAUGUUGUACCUGUUGAGUAUAAGAAGGAAAACAUUGAGUAUGAAGUAUAUUCACGACCACUAUGGGACUGGGCAUUGGACCUCUUGGAUAACCCCUUGCUAGCACCGCAUUUCCCGUGGACAGGAGAUCGCUGGUGGAACUUACAAACAUCUUUACCCCAUAAUGGUGCGCCAUUCGCAUUUAUACUGUAUGCUGACAAAAUGCACCUUUCGUCGGCCGGUACUGUCAAGGCAUACCCAGUAAUCGCACGCUGUGGGAAUCUGCCUGUUGAAAUCAGGAAUGUUGAUGGUCCUGGAGGAGGACGCUUAGUGGGUUGGUUGCCAAUAGUUCCUGCAGACUCAGACGAGGAUGGCAAGCUGUCCUAUACGAAUUUAAAGAAGGUCGUAUGGCACAAAUCGUUCAAGAUUCUCCUCGAAACCCUCAGUCUCAUCUCCAAAACUGGCUUCGCGCACCAAUGCUAUGAUGGAAUUCUACGCUGGUUAUUUCCACUAAUACUGAUUUUAUCUGCCGAUUACGAAGAGCAGUGUGUGAUGGCCCUGAUACGAGGGUUCAACUCUGCAUGUCCCUGCCCUAUUUGCCUUGUCCCGAAGGACAAGCUCACCGACCAUUCUACGAUAUACCCUACCCGCAUCAUUGAUGAUGCACAAGCUUGUGUCCGAUUAUGGAACAUGGACCGUACCGCUGGUGAGGCAGCACUAAAAAAGCAGAGUCUAAGGCCUGUCGAUAACUCUUUAUGGAUUGUCGAACGGUCCAGCCCGCAUGACGCACUCUCGCAAGAUACCUUGCACGCUUACGACAGUGGUUUGUUUGGCGAUCACAUGUUUGAGGAAGUCAAGGACCACCUGAAAACACUGGGACGUACUGCUGAGAAGACGACUGAUGACCAGUUUGCUGCGUUUCCAAGAUGGCGGAACCUAAACCACUUCGACCACGUUACAAACAUCAGUUUUUCCGAUGGCAACAAGUACCUGGAUAUAUCUAAGCAAAUAUUGUAUACAACACAGAACGUGCUCACCCGCAAAGAUGACGAAGCUGGUUAUGCGCUUCUAAAGUGCAUAGCCAGCUAUCUUCAUGCCUACAUGUAUAUAACAUUUGACGUUCACACAGAAAGCACUAUCGCAGCUGGGGAGGCCGAGAUUCUCGUUUUCCAGAAGUGCUUAGAUGAAUAUAUCGAAAUUCUUGGUGACGAAGCGACAAAAAACUGGAAUUUUCCGAAGGCGCACUCAAUGAGGCACAUAUUUUCUGACAUUAGGGCAAAAGGAGCUGCGCGAAACUUUAGUACGCGGCCAAAUGAGAAGCAUCAUGGGCCUAUCAAGAGGGCCUAUAAACUGCAAACAAAUGGCAAAGAUAUCGCAAACCAGAUACUCAGGCUUGACCACACAACCUUCGUCUCUGUAGUCCUCCGCAACCGCAUCAAUCAUUUCGAUGAUGAACGACGCAAGGCCAUACUUUCGGAGAGAGAGCUUGAGACAGAGGACCUGGAUGAUCGGUCUUUUGGUGGACAUAUUCACCUUGGCGCUCCUCAGUCCGCAAUAACCUUUGCACAGCUUGAAAACGACAAUGUGUCCAACCGUGCCUUUGGGCAGUUCCGCAAAAAGCUCUCGACCUUCCUUAAUCACGCUCUACCUGCAUAUAAUAUACCAUUACCCGAUGGCAAAACAUGGCUGACGCUUUCAGCACAAGAUACGGUUCAAGAACACCGAUAUCUCAAAGUGAAUUACGAGUCUGUUGUGGACUGGAAGCUCACUACAGACCACCUGCGCUGCAACCCGAGCUUUCAUGGCCGUGAACGACGUGACUGUGCCCUUGUUCGCACCCAGGACAAAGAUGGAAAUAAUAAGAACAUUUUUGUUCGCAUUUUAUUCAUGUUCAAGCAAUCAAUUGGCAGUCAAACAUUGGAUCUCGCCCUAGUUCAACCUAUGGAUGCUCCGACGGGCCCACAACAUGCUGUAGAUCGAGAUUUGCGACUGAGACGUCUUCGUGCCCGACCACUCGCUUCGACGGAGUUUAUCACGCUUCACUCAGUUAUUCGUGGUGCAUUACUUGUUCCAGACUUCGCUAGUACGAGGGGAGACUUUUUCCUCGUUGAUUAUGUGGACUCUGACAUGUUCCUUUGUUCGCAGAGAUAUAUGUUCUAA